AGCAAGAACCAGGAGUUGCUGUCCAUGGGCCGCCGGGAGGCCAAGCUGGACACGGAGAACAAGCGGCUGCGGGCCGAGCUGCAGGCACUUCAAAAAACUUAUCAGAAGAUACUUCGGGAAAAGGAGAGUGCUUUAGAAGCCAAAUACCAAGCAAUGGAAAGGGCAGCUACAUUUGAACAUGACAGAGAUAAAGUUAAAAGGCAAUUCAAGAUUUUUAGGGAGACCAAAGAAAAUGAAAUUCAGGACUUAUUGAGAGCCAAGCGAGAGUUGGAGAGCAAACUUCAGAGGCUACAAGCGCAGGGGAUCCAAGUAUUUGAUCCUGGGGAGUCUGAUUCAGAUGACAACUGUACAGAUGUUACUGCUGCUGGAACCCAGUGUGAAUAUUGGCCUGGUGGAGCCUUGGGAAGUGAACCUUCCAUAGGGAGUAUGAUCCAGCUUCAGCAGUCCUUCAGGGGCCCAGAGUUCGCACAUAGUUCUAUAGAUGUGGAAGGACCUUUUGCAAACGUCAACAGAGAUGACUGGGAUAUUGCUGUAGCUAGUUUAUUACAAGUUACUCCCUUGUUUUCACAUUCUCUAUGGAGUAACACUGUCAGAUGUUACCUCAUUUAUACAGAUGAAACCCAGCCUGAAAUGGAUCUUUUUCUUAAGGACUAUUCACCUAAACUUAAAAGAAUGUGUGAGACAAUGGAAAAAUAUAAAAGAAAUACUGAUUUCCAAUCUAGCCUUUUAUUGGAAGACUGUGAAGAAGCUUUUCUGAAAAAUCCUGAAGGCAAACCACGAUUAAUUUAUCAUCGUUUGGAGGAUGGGAAAGUCAGUUCUGACUCUGUCCAGCAAUUGAUUGACCAAGUUGCCAACCUGAACAAGACCAACAAAGCCAAGAUCAUUGAUCACACAGGAGAUCCUGCAGAAGGUGUAUAUAAAACUUAUAGUUAUGUGGAAAAGAUUAUUAAACAGGACAUCCUAGGCUUUGAGAACACAGACCUGGACACUAAGGAUUUGGGCAGUGAAGAUUCUAUUCCAGAAGAAGACGAUUUUGGCGAUGUUCUGUGGGACAUACAUGAUGAACAAGAGCAAAUGGAAACUUUUCAACAGGCUUCAAAUUCAGCCCAUGAAUUGGGAUUUGAGAAAUAUUAUGAACGCCUCAAUGAUCUAGUGGCAGCACCAGCACCAAUUCCACCCCUGCUCAUAUCUGGAGGACCAGGCUCUGGAAAGUCCCUGCUUUUAUCAAAGUGGAUUCAAUUACAACAGAAGAAUUCCCCUAAUACACUAAUUCUUUCUCAUUUUGUGGGGAGGCCCAUGUCAACCAGCUCAGAGUCUUCCUUGAUUAUUAAACGACUUACUCUAAAGCUGAUGCAGCACUCUUGGUCAGUGUCCGCUCUGACCCUGGAUCCUGCGAAGCUUCUGGAAGAAUUUCCUCGUUGGCUGGAAAAACUCUCUGCGCGUCAUCAAGGCAGCAUCAUCAUCAUUAUUGAUUCUAUAGAUCAAGUUCAGCAAGUUGAAAAACACAUGAAAUGGCUGAUAGAUCCCCUGCCAGUGAAUGUAAGAGUAAUUGUUUCUGUGAAUGUAGAAACAUGCCCUCCAGCAUGGAGGUUGUGGCCUACACUUCAUCUUGAUCCUUUAAAUCCGAAAGAUGCAAAAUCUAUUAUAAUUGCAGAGUGCCACUCUGUAGACAUUAAAUUGAGUAAAGAGCAGGAGAAGAAGCUAGAACGACAUUGUCGUUCUGCUGCAACCUGCAAUGCCCUUUAUGUCACCCUUUUCGGCAAAAUGAUUGCAUGUGCUGGGAGAUCAGGCAAUUUAGAUAAAAUUCUUCAUCAGUGUUUCCAGUGUCAAGAUACAGUUUCAUUAUACAGACUUGUUCUGCGAUCCAUCCAGGAGUCCAUGGCGAAUGAUAUGGAUAAAGAACUCAUGAAACAGAUUCUCUGUCUCAUAAAUGUUAGUCAUAAUGGUGUGAGUGAAUCAGAAUUGAUGGAACUCUAUCCAGAGAUGUCCUGGGCUGUCUUGACCUCCCUUAUUCACAGUUUACACAAAAUGUGUUUGUUGACUUAUGGUUGUGGCUUGCUCAAGUUUCAACAUCUACAGGCUUGGGAAACAGUGAGACUGGAGUACAUGGAAGAUGCCACCAUUAUUUCUUCUUAUAGGCAGAAGCUAAUCGACUACUUCACCAUGCAGCUAAGUCAGGACCCAGUGACCUGGAGAAGCGCAGAUGAGCUCCCAUGGCUUUUUCAGCAGCAGGGAAGUAAACAGAGGUUGCACGAUUGUCUUCUCAAUCUCUUUGUGUCUCAAAACCUUUAUAAAAGAGGACAUUUUGCUGAGUUGCUGAGCUACUGGCAGUUUGUGGGCAAAGACAAAAGCACGAUGGCAGCCGAGUACUUCGAUUCACUGAAGCAGUAUGAGAAAAACUGUGAGGGCGAGGAGAACAUGAUGUGCUUAGCAGAUCUCUAUGAAACCCUGGGGCGCUUCCUCAAGGACCUGGGCCUGCUCAGUCAGGCCGUGGUACCUUUGCAGAGGUCACUAGAAAUUCGAGAAACAGCUUUGGAUCCAGAUCACCCGAGAGUAGCUCAGUCCCUUCACCAGUUGGCAAGUGUGUAUGUGCAGUGGAAGAAGUUUGGCAACGCAGAGCAACUGUACAAACAGGCAUUAGAAAUCUCUGAAAAUGCCUAUGGCGCAGACCAUCCACAUAUUGCUCGUGAACUUGAGGCACUUGCAACUUUGUACCAGAAACAAAAUAAAUAUGAACAAGCUGAACAUUUUAGGAAAAAAUCCUUUAAGAUUCGUCAAAAAGCUACAAGGAGAAAAGGCAACUUGGUAAUGAGAGAUUUCUUUUGUUUUGUGUUUUUAACAAAGAGGAAGAGAGCAUCUCUGACUAUCAUAAAGAAUAAGCUGUUUAAACCAUUGUGGGGUUUUGCUCAUAGAACAGCUGACCAGUUCCUGAAACGUUCCUUAGAAAUGAGGGAGCGCGUUCUGGGACCAGAUCACCCUGACUGUGCCCAGUCUUUGAAUAACCUGGCGGCUCUAUGCAAUGAAAUGAAACAGUAUGAAAAGGCGGAAGAACUUUAUGAAAGAGCUUUAGACAUUCGGAGACGAGCGCUAGCUCCUGAUCACCCUUCUUUGGCUUACACAGUGAAGCAUCUCGCAAUCUUGUAUAAGAAAAUGGGGAAACUUGACAAAGCUGUACCUUUGUACGAGCUGGCUGUUGAAAUCCGGCAGAAAUCUUUUGGCCCAAAGCACCCUAGUGUAGCUACUGCCUUGGUGAACUUAGCUGUUCUCUACAGCCAAAUGAAAAAACACAUUGAAGCCUUGCCACUGUAUGAAAGAGCAUUAAAGAUUUACGAAGACAGCCUGGGUCGGAUGCAUCCUCGAGUUGGAGAAACUUUAAAAAAUUUAGCUGUGCUCAGCUAUGAAGAAGGGGAUUUUGAAAAAGCUGCUGAACUGUACAAAAGAGCGAUGGAAAUAAAAGAAGCAGAAACGUCACUUUUGGGUGGGAAAGCUCCUUCCCGACACUCAUCGAGUGGAGAUACAUUUAGUGUAAAAACAACCCAUUCUCCUAAUGUUUUCCUUCAUCAAGGACAAAGGUAGAAGGAGCAAUCACAAUUCACUGCAAAUGCAUAUUAGAAGAAAAUAAUGAAAAAACAUUUGGGACAUUAGAAUUUAAAACUUACUAAAAAUGUUUUUAAGAAAUUUUAUUUUUACUUUGUCUGAUUUAAGUGGUAUUUGUAUUAAAUUGUAUUGGGCUACAUUGAAGUUGAGUCAUGAUUAUGUCCGUUUUAGUUAAAAGAAUUAACUUCCCAGUUGUGUGGGAUCCAGGGCUGCAGACGCUAGAAUCCUAAGAUGCCAUGAAGAAUAAAUUGGUCUCUGUUCAACAAGAGCUGGCAGAGCAGUUAUGCAGGGAGUUCAAGAACUGCAAGAUUCUUUUCAUCUCUCAUAAGUACUUUACCUCACCAUUCCUUAUGUUCCUUUUCAGCAGUAGUCUGGCCCAAUUCUCUACCUCAAAGAAAAAUUUCAAGGAAUAAAGGGAUAAUGUUUAUGAAAAGUAUGAAUUGCCUUCUGUAAAAUGACUAGUAACAAGAAUCUCUGUUACUUUUUUUUUCUUCAAAUUCUACCGUUUCCUUGAGCAGAUUGGGCCAAGUCCUCUGCUUUCUGUGCUCUGUACAUUGUAUAUUAUUUGUCUGGGUAGUAUAUAUCUGCAUAAUCUGAAGUCAUUAAUGCAACAAAUCAAGCUUGUUGGCAUUCUUUGGCCUUACCCAAUAUAUGGACGUGACAUUCUCUUCUUUUUUCUUAAAUUACCCAAAUCUGUCUCUUCAUUUAUCUCCAACUCAAAUUAGUCUGCCUUUUAUACUGAAAAUUAAAUAUUUUUUAUAGCUUUUGUAAAUAUUGCCACAUUUUGGAUAUUAUUUUGUACCAUCUAUGUAUUUAUAUAUAAUAAAAUCUUCAAUUUUAAUACUUGGUAAAAGACAUAACCAUACUCUACUGUUUUAAAAUAAAAGUGCAAUUUUAAGUUUCCCCUUUUCUACUCAAUACAAGAGGGUUAUGUAACUAAGAAGUACAUUACCAAAAGGACUGCGUGUUGUCACUACUUGCCGAGUAGUUUGCUCCACUUAAGCUUUGGUGACUGUCUAGGCUUUUGGUGACUUUAAGGCCUGGGUACUCACAGGGUGGUCCAUGAACCCACCAUCUGGAAGCUUGCUAAAAAUUCACUCUUGAGAUUCUCCCCAGACCUACUAAAUCAGAAUCAAUUUAGCUAGAUCCUUGGAUGAUUCAGAUGCGCAUAAAUUUGAAAAGCAAUGGUCUAACUCUAAGGCACUACAGUGGUGACUGAAAAGAAAUUAGGUAGGGUCUUAUAAAGCAAACAGCCUUCUUCCCCUGCUUUUGAGAGACAUUCAAAGGGGAUGGGGGG